AUGAAGUUGGCUCUGCAGGAGAUAGCGAGAAAUACAAAAGAGAGAGCAUCCACGCAGGCAGGGGCCCGCCUGCUUCUCCGCACUCUACACGGCCAGGGGGAUGUCUCAGCAGCAGCAGCAGCAGCAGCAGCAGCAGCAGGAGAAGCAGCAGCAGCAGCAGCAGCAGCAGCAGCAGCUGCUGCUGCUGCUGCUGCAGGCAGUUCUGGUGUACAGACACCUGAGCAUGAAUGCAGGGUUUACGAGGAUUGCAAGAGAGGCGGAGCUGCAUCAUUUCCUUUUUUCUUUUCUUCGUUUGCUGCUGCUGCUGCAGCAGAGCAGACGACAGCAGCAGCAGCAGCACUGCAGCUGACCCUCGAUAUUCUUCUUAGCUAUAUUCUACCAGCAGCAGACGCAGCAGCAGCAGAUAAUACAGCCCCCACCGCAUGCAUGCAGCAGCAGCAACAACAGCAGCAGCAGCAGCAGCUGCUGCUGCAGCAGCCACAUCCCGCGUCGUGUGCUUACCCUUAG